AUGUCAAUAACGGCAGUGAGAGCAGCAGCAGCGGCGGCGGCUGCGGGUUCCCCAGCGUCUUUGUCCCGGUUUAGGGGAGCGCUGGUCGCCGCUGUGGUCGGUGACUGUGUCGGCGGUGAGUUUGAAGGCGCAGAGGAGGUUCCAAUGGAGAGUGUGCUGAAGCACCUGAACAGCCUGGACGACGAGACCAAAGGAGAUGGUAUUCUUGAGUACAGUGAUGACACAGCCAUGGCCCGCUGUGUUGUCCAGUCUCUCCUCACUCGUGGAGGCUUCGAUGAGCAGGACAUGGCCCGCAGGUUUGCUAAAGAAUAUAGUGAAUCUCCUGGUCGCGGCUAUGGUUCUGGAGUGAUCCAGGUGCUGAAGAAGCUCUCCUCCCCCCAACUCAGUGAUGUGUACCAGCCAGCCAGGAACCAGUACAAUGGUCGGGGCUCCUUUGGGAAUGGGGGAGCCAUGAGGGCUGCUCCUUUUGCACUGGCUUUCCCUGCCCAGGCUGAUGUUAAGAGGUUUGCCUGUUCAGGUGCCAUGCUGACCCACUCCUGCUCUCUGGGCUAUAAUGGAGCAGUGCUCCAGGCGUUAGCUGUGCACCUCUCUCUGCAGGGGGCACUAGAAUUACCUCAGCAGUUUAUCAGCAAGCUAAUCACAGAGAUGGAGGAAGUGGAGGGAGAUGAGGCAACGCGCAAUGAUGCCAGAAUCCUAAAAGAAGCAGAGAAGCCAUUUUGUGAGCGCCUCCACAGAGUUAGAGACCUCAUGGAUAGGAGCAAGGUCAGCAUCGAGGAGGUCAUCUCUGAACUGGGUAAUGGAAUUGCAGCACUCCACUCAGUCCCCACUGCCAUCUUCUGUGUCCUCCACUGCCUGCAACCCCGUGAAUGCCUUCCAGAGAACUACAGUGGCCUGGAGAGGACAAUAGCAUACAGCCUUGCCCUUGGAGGGGACACAGACACCAUAGCCUGCAUGGCUGGGGCCAUCGCCGGGGCCCACUACGGCAUCACGGCCAUCCCACAGUCGUGGAUAAAGUGCUGUGAGGGGACAGAGGACGCAGACGUGAAUGCAGAGCGGCUUCACAUGCUUUACCACCAGUCGUUACAGAGCAGCGCGAGUGUGGCCGGGGAGCAGGGCCAUGAAUUCAGAGCAGCAAACAAGUCUAACGGUACAGAGAAGAAAAAUAAGGAGUAGUGAUUAUGUCAAUAACAUUUUUAAAAGAGGACACUCACACAUUAAAUAAAUUUGCCAUUUCAGACUUUUGUCAGCAUAUACAUACGCAAUACAUCAGGGCUGCAACAAUUAAUCAGUUAUAGAUUAUUAAAGUUAACUGCCAAGAAUUUUGGUAAUCAUUGUUUUUUUUUUUGUCUCAAAUAAACUUCUCUGGUUAUAGACUCUAUAAUAUAAUUUCUUUCUGGGAGUUUUUCUUGCUUCUCUGGAACUAAAAUUGUAAACAAAAACAAUACAGAAGGUAUUGGAACGUUGUCAUUUUGAGUUUUGUAAAACGCUCGUCCACAUUUUCACCUUUUACUGACAUCUUAUGUUCAAAACAAGUAAACUCUAAAAGGAGAAAAGAAUGAUUGUUUUCAUUAUGGAUGAAAAGAAUCAUUAGUUGCAGCCCUAUAAUACUGUACACUGUCUCUCUUCCCUUCCUCUGUCCUGUUUAGUGAUGGAAAAAAAACUUAAGUUUUGUGAACGUUGCACUAUGUGUUUGGUCAUGUUUUGGUUUAUCCUCAUGGUGGAAAAUUAUUUAAUAAAUGUCUUUAUGAAAUUUA